GGCCGGCCCUGGGGCGCCUUAAAAACCAGAGCUGGCUCUCGGGUCGCAGCCUCUUUGAGCAGGAUCCAACGUCGCUGCGGCUACCCUUAACCACUCGCAGACCCCCCGCAGCCAUGGCCAGCAAAGGCUUGCAGGACCUGAAGAAGCAAGUGGAGGGGGCGGCCCAGGAAGCCGUGACUUCGGCAGGAACAGCGGCUCAGCAAGUGGUGGAUCAGGCUACAGAAGCGGGGCAGAAAGCCAUGGACCAGGUUGCUAAGACUACCCAGGAAACCAUCGACAAGACUGCUAACCAGGCCUCUGAGACUUUCUCGGGUUUUGGGAAAAAAUUUGGCCUCCUGAAAUGACAGAAGGGAGACAUGGGUGACUCCCUUCGAGGCCCGGAGCUCUGGCAGGCUCUUGGUGGGCCACCUGAUUAAAGCAUAUAUUCCUA